AUGUCGACUUCUGAAGAGGUCGUGAUCGCACGUCCCACCAACAACGUUGCUCGUGAAGUGCGCGUCAUCCGCGCUCAGUACCCACAGGAAUGUCUGAAGCAACCCAUGCAGCUCUUUGGUCCAGCUUCGAUCGUUGAACCACGAAAGUCUCCACGCACAUACCAAAACACGGGUUUUCAGACCCUUCCGCCACCAAAUGGCCAGAUCUAUAAGCUAAUCCACGGUCGCGAACCUUCACAAACCGACUGUGUGCGCAACAUGGGUACUGCUGCUAUUGGACGCUACGCAGAUGACCCUCGCUCGAACCCCUAUGAGUUAUUGUACGGUACAGCAUACCCCGCUCCACCGACAGCUCAAAGAGAUAUACACGCGGAUUCAGGGUUCCAAACAGCGAGCUGCGACGCGAUCAAGAAGGCGCUGGCCAGGGCGAAGGUCAAAGCAUCCAUGACAGCCAACAAGUACCGUGAGGCUGCUGCUCGUGCAGGCUAUGCCAUAUGCGCGGAGUCUAAAGACGAGAUGAUUAUACAUUCGGAGCAAUAUCCUAUGACCGUGCAACUCGACGCUGAAGGCAACUUGUUAGCCGGCACUGUCGAGCGUCGCUGUCUCCCGAACAUCUAUGGCGCAUCGUCAAAACCUACACCACUAGCACCGGGGUUCAUGCGCAAGACAUUAAUACCUCCUAGCAGACGUGCAUCGAACUCUGUGCAACACGAGAGUCAGGAUGCACUGACUGAAGAAGCGUCAUACCCUUCGCCAUCACAAUCACCUACCAUAAUCCCCCGAAUUGUCGAGGAUCAGCUUCCUACACCGCUGGAAAGGAUAUCAGCGCUAAUACCAUCUUCAACAGAGGGAGCGUCGGACUUGAACUCAACGCUCGAUAAUGAGUACGGUAGCGUUGGUUCUGACUUGAACGAAUUCGUCGUAUAUGACGCUAGAGCUGCUGCUAGGUCACCAGCACCUGUGCCUAUCGCAACAUCUGCGUUGUCCGGGAAACGGGGACUGAGUGAGCAGCUCCACACUGACACUCCUUCUAAGAGAUCCAAAAUCUCCACGCCAGAGAACCUGCGGAAGACUUCCAUGUCCACCACGCCUUUGUCGCCCGAAAAUAUCAGAUAUCGCCGAGACCUUGGCAGGGAGUAUGGCCAGAGAGAUGAUGUGGUUGAUGGCAUGCGCCGGACCUACAGUACAAUUGUCUGCACCAUUCCAGUUGGUCCUUCGAAGGAGGAUCGAAUUUACCAACCCCCAGAACAGCCAAAGAUACAGUACGGAAGCGGUCCAUUCCAAUCGUAUGCUCUGCCGGGCCCUCCAGAGACCUUCAAUCACGCUUCCAUCAGUGCUACCAGAAUCAGUAGCCAGGGCUACGCUGGCAUCCAACUUAGCGAAAAGCAAACACCCUUGAGCGAAGGUUACUGGCACAACAUGCGCCAAGAGAUGUCCAAAGUGAUCACCGCACAGAGGCAGGACGAUACUGGUAUCACCAAGCUAAAGAAGAACACACAAAGUAUGAAUAGAGACUGGGGUGAGUUUUAUGACCCUGUCUAA